CUGAUUUUAUUACGUUACGUAUAUAUAAAAACAUACGCAUAUCUGAUGCAUUUCACAUGCUUUUGUAAAAAUUUCUUUGCAUUUGCCUUAGUUCCAUGCUGCUUAUAAACCAUAAAGAAAUAACUCUUUGUAUAAAUUUCAGUCGCUUUUUUCAUAAAUUUUCAUAAACCAAAAUGUCGCAAAUUCAUUUCUUAUCUAAUUGAAGUUAAUAUCAUAUUUAUUUAGUAUACAAACGAGUAUAUGCCUAGUAUUACUUAUAUACAUAUAUUAUAAAUACUUAGUUUGCGAGAAAUUACUUAUAUUUCAAAAUAUUUCUCAAUAUCGUAUAAAUAGAAAUAUAAUAAGUUUAUCUAAUUUUGUAAAUAUGCUAUAAGAUUUCUUGCUGUAUUUCCGCGACACUUGAAUAAUAGCAGCAAGGUUCAUAUAAGGCUGAGCAGACGCUGAAACACAAGAAGCUGAAGUGUAGCCACAAAUACUUUACACGAUUAACAUUAUUCUCUGUGUCAAUAAAUUGCAAAACACAACCAAAGUAUCUUGAUCAUCUUAGUUACUUUAUUCUGGGAAAGGAUUUCAUUGAGAAAAGAUAUCAUAACCACUUGUAGUGACAUUUAGCAGUAAUCCAAGGCCUUUGUGGAAAUUAAGGUGCCUUAGGAUAGACCAAUUUAAUAGCGGACCUUUCAUCACCACAAAAUUAGGAACUAAGCCUUAAUAAACACUAUUCUCUUUUCUUGAAAAUCAUCAGACGUCUUACCAACCCUCUUUCCAUUAGGAUCUACCGGAUCUACAUCUUAAACUAUGCCGACUUACAUAGAAACUCAUUGUAGAUUCUAUUGAAAUUUCUGCAAUAAACAUCUCUGACCUUUUUUUUACCAUACCAUUAUCAACUUUUGUUACUUGGAUGCUUUGAAUCUAUUUCGCAGCAUCUAAUAGUGGAUAAACACCUGACAUAUGUAUUUAGAAUUUGAACUUUUAGCAGAGAUUUUUGUAAAAAGAUAGGGCUCCCUUGUUCGAGUGAACUUUAUCCAAAGAAAAUAAAAUUAUUUCCGAAUAUAUCUAGAUCUUGAACUUUUAGCAACGAUUUCUGUAAGGAUGCUUAAUCAUUUCAGAAGAAUUCGUUUGAUUUGGAAUGAGCACUUUGCCUACUUAUAAAAUUACUUUUAUUUUCAUACUAGAGAAACUCAUGAAUAAUCAUAUACAGGGUUUUCGUUAGGGUGAGAAGUUUUCCUCUUUCGUACCAACACUCUUCGCUUCGGUUAGGAUCUAACUGAAUGUAACUAAACAAUAAUUUAUCAGUGAAGAAGUACCCAGACUUAGAUAUUCGCCAAUUUUAACAAAAUAUCUUCCAAGAGUAUAUAGGAGAAGACAAACACAUAUCCAAGGAAAAUGAAAAUUUCCACGAUAUCACUCGAACUUGAACUUUCAGCAGAGGUUUUUGUAAAGAUAUGUCACUUUUUGAAGAAAAAACGUCGGAAAUAUAUAUACUUUUUUGGGAAUCGAUUUAUAUGAAUCUUCUCUACCUACCUAGCAAAAAUCACAGCAAAAUUCCAAUUAUUAAAUUGUAGAAAUACUCUGUUUUAUAUCAUUAAUAGAUGAGAGCUUUCGCAGAGCUUUCAAGAAACUUAUUUUUAUUGCGCAAUAUUUUGUGAUAAUAAAGAGCGUUGUUGCAAGAAAUCUUAUAGCUUUAAGUAUUUAGUAUCGUAAACAAUUUUAUCGCGAAUUUAGUUUAUGAUAAUAAAAAUUAUAAGCUAAAAUAAAAACAAUCAUAACUUUUUUAUUAACCGAUGUUUUCUUCGUCUACUCUACUCAACAAUUAACUUCUCCACGCUCAACCAACCAACGCGAAUGCAAUUAUCAUAAAAAUCGCAACAACAAAUAGGAGUGGAAUGACUAUAAUUUACGAUGGAAUGAAUCCGAAUAUGGAGGCGUGAAAGAUUUGCGGAUAACGCCAAAUAAGCUGUGGAAACCGGAUGUGCUAAUGUACAACAGCGCGGAUGAGGGAUUCGAUGGCACGUAUCACACCAACAUUGUGGUCAAACAUAACGGCAGUUGUCUGUACGUGCCCCCUGGUAUCUUCAAGAGCACAUGCAAGAUAGACAUCACGUGGUUCCCAUUUGAUGACCAACACUGCGAAAUGAAAUUCGGUAGUUGGACUUACGAUGGAAAUCAGUUGGAUUUGGUUUUGAAUUCCGAAGAUGGAGGGGAUCUUUCCGAUUUCAUAACAAAUGGCGAGUGGUAUCUGCUUGCAAUGCCUGGCAAGAAGAAUACCAUCGUCUACGCGUGCUGCCCGGAACCCUACGUGGACGUCACAUUCACGAUACAAAUCCGACGGCGUACAUUAUAUUAUUUUUUCAAUUUAAUUGUGCCGUGUGUGCUGAUAUCAUCGAUGGCUUUAUUAGGAUUUACACUACCUCCCGAUUCGGGCGAAAAAUUAACAUUAGGAGUUACAAUUCUUCUAUCGCUCACAGUGUUUCUCAACCUUGUAGCUGAGACAUUGCCCCAAGUAUCUGAUGCAAUCCCCUUGUUAGGCACCUACUUCAAUUGCAUCAUGUUUAUGGUGGCAUCAUCGGUGGUGCUGACGGUUGUUGUGCUCAACUAUCAUCAUCGCACGGCGGAUAUACACGAAAUGCCGCCUUGGAUUAAAUCCGUUUUCCUGCAAUGGCUGCCAUGGAUUUUACGUAUGGGUCGUCCGGGCCGAAAAAUCACACGAAAAACAAUUCUACUAAGCAAUCGCAUGAAAGAAUUGGAAUUGAAGGAACGUUCUUCCAAAUCACUACUAGCCAAUGUGCUGGAUAUCGAUGAUGAUUUCCGGCAUACGAUCUCCGGUUCACAAACGGCGAUCGGUUCAUCAGCAAGCUUCGGUCGCCCCACAACGGUGGAGGAGCAUCAUAAUACAAUAGGUUGCAAUCAUAAAGAUUUACAUUUGAUUCUUAAAGAAUUACAAUUCAUAACGUCACGUAUGCGUAAAUCCGAUGAUGAGGCGGAAUUAAUAAGCGAUUGGAAAUUCGCGGCAAUGGUUGUGGAUAGAUUUUGUUUAAUUGUUUUUACGCUCUUUACAAUUAUCGCAACAGUGACCGUUCUGCUGUCGGCUCCACACAUUAUCGUGCAAUAAGCCUAAAUGCAUACGAGCUUUAAGCAUAAGCCUAGGAUAGAUAUAUGGAAACUGCAUACUUUAGAAGAGCAUGGUGAAGAAGAAAUAUUUAUUUUUUCCAGAGGAAAAAUCACUUACAUACAUAAUUACAAAGAAAAGCAAAUAAUCGAGAGGAGCAAUGCAAAUUCAAAGAGAUUUAGCACUUACAUAGACGUAGUUUAGUGAAGAAGAUGAGACUACUCAAUAAUUAGAAAAUUAUACGAAAGACAAUUGAAAAGUUCACCAAAAUCAAUACAAAAAAAUUGUUAAUUAAUUAUUUAAGAAAAACUGAAAACUAGUUAAAACUAAAAAAAAAAACAAAAAAUUAAAAUAAAAAUAAAAAUUCCAAAAAAACACAAAUAUAUGUAUAUACAAGUAAUAGUAUGUAGGGAAACUGGCAACAAAAUGGUUACUUAAUGCAAGCAAAUUGAAUUACUUUUAUGACAUGAUAUAAGAAAAACUUCAAAACAAACUGCCGUACACAAAUAUGUUGAAUAUUUCGAAAAAAAAAAAUAAAAUAAUAGUGAAAAUAAAUUUAAAAAACACAAACCGUACACUAUAAGCUAUGCUAAAAAGUAUAUGCAUACUUACAUAUUAGUAAAAUUCUAUACCGCAUACCAAGAAAUUAAUAAUAGCAUGCGAUGAAAAAAAAUUCUAGCAUGCAAUAAAAAAUAUAAAUACAAGAAAAUAGAAAAUUACUUUUCAGAUAAUGCGUUCAUUAUAGUGUAACAAAUUGUGAAAGAGUUGUUGUUUUCUUAUUUUAUAAACUAUUUAUGUAAAAUGAAAGUUAAAAAUGUCAUGCGAGAAAAUAAAUACAAGAAAGGUGCAUGUAGACAGCUGUAAGGUAAUUAUUUUUUUAAUUAGCAUAGCGUAAUAUUAAAGCAAGGAAAAGUAAUAAUUAAUUUAAAUUUAAAACAUGAAAUUAAGUAGAAAAUGAAAUUAAGAAAAGUAAGUGAAAUAAUAAGUGAAAAGACAGAGAUUGUUCCUAUGAAACAUAGAAAUACACAAACACUCACACAAAAGUGCUUAAUUUCAUACAAAAUCACACGAAACUCAAAGCGACAAACAAUUAGUGCGAGCAAAAAUAUAUUUAAUUACAAAUAAGAUUAGUUAUUACAUAUGAGAGAAUAAGGAAAUUUUGCAUAUAUUGAAGUAACAGACGCAUAGUGAAGACACCUGAACCUUCAGACAGACACAGGCAGUGUUCAAAGCAACCUGACAAUUUGCAAAGAGCUACCCAAGCAACACAUGAGCGCAAAAAUUGCUACAUUACUCACACACACAAACACAAAUCACACAAAGCAUGUAGCGUUUGCUGAGAGCGUUUAAAUUAAAUGUAGUUGAAAACGAGAGCACAAAUACCAGUACUAUACUAAAAUAAACAAAAAAACAACAAAAGCAAAUAGCUGAAAUUAGUCGAGAAAAAGUAUGUUAGAGACCAAGAGAAAGCGAGAGCGAACGAGCGCGAAAGAGCUAGUGCGAACGUUAGCGAGUUGCAAUAAAUUAAAUGAGAUAAAGUGAGAUAGACAGUGAGAGAAAGAGAGAGAGAGAGAUAUUGAAAUAUUUUUUAUGUGCAUUUAUGUAUUGUAAAGAAUUUAGUAAUACAAAAAAAUUAUAAAAAUUAAAGUUUAAGAUAACGGCAUAGGCAUAGAAAUAAGCAGUUGGUAAAAGAUGCGUGAGAGAAAUAAUAAAAAAUGAAAUAUUGCAAAAACAAAGGGAAAACAAACACUAGAUAAGUGAGUAGGAUAGAGUACACCGGUUAGUUGAACUCGCAGCGGUAUAAAGUGGGAGUGGAACAAUAAUAAUUGCAGGUGCAACAACUAUAUAUAUAAUUUACGAUGGAAAUUAGCAAAAAUAGAUAUGAAAACACUAUACUACAGACAAAAUAAAAAAAUUAUAAUGAAAAAAAAACAAUAAAACAAUAUUGAAAAAAUAAGUGCACACAAUAAAAUUAAAGUUAAGCAGGCAGUGAAUGAAAUUAAUUUAGUUAUCAGUGCAAUAAGUAAUACAAUUAAAAGAAAUAUUAGAAAGAAGAACUGAAGUAUAAAAGGUUAAAACAGGAAAAUUAAUUUUUAUUAAAUUUUUUUAUUAACAUUUUGUUGUUUCGCUGGAAAUUUACUUUAAUUAUUCGUUUGCUGCAGAAAAUUCGAGAAACAUUCAAGUUUUUGAUUAAUACUAUAACACAUAGAAUUUUUUGUGUUGUCGGCAGGAGGUAUAGGGUCCAACCACUAUCAUUUACUAAAAUGACAAAAAUAGCUGUAUGUGAUGAAAAUUUGUUGGACUCAAAUUCGUUUUUAGGACACCUCAAAUACCACACAAACUUCUUAACACUUCAGUCGCAAAUUUUAUCCUUCAGAUUUGUUGAGGAGUGUAAUCAGAACAGCAAAGCUUUGAUUACUUAAAACACGAUAUUAGAAAAGUUUAGUGAAAUUUUCACAAAAAAAAAAAAUUUAACUCAAAAUAUUUUGUAAUUGUUAUUUGCUUUUUGUUUGCAAACCGAUUUUAUUUUUUUUUCGACUUAACUAAUAUGAGUAAACGGAAUUUCAAGCAAUCAAGCAUAUCAACUGCCGGAUGGAUUCUCUAAAAAUGUGUACUCAUGAGCCUUUUAAUUUUUACAAGGUUUCCCGUUUGAAAAAUAUCAAUUUCGCUAGCUGUUUUUUCAUAUUUAAAUUUAUUCUAAUACCAUUAAUUAUCAAAUGUAGCUUACAAACUUUUAAAUUUUAAUCCAAUUUCGAGUAGAAAAAAUUUAAAUUAAAGAAAAUUCUUUCAUAUACUUAAUGUGUAUAUAUUUUUUUUAAAUUUAAAUAAACUUUUUUCAAAUGUAUCAACUUACUGAAAUCUGAGGCACACUGAUUUAACCUUGUUCAAAAUUGAACUUAAAACAAUUACCACACCAAAACUUUUUCGAGAAAGAUUUUCUUCCAUAAAAUUGUCCUAAAUCUGAAAGCAAAAAAAAAUAUUUUAACAAUAUAUCAGUAAAGGUAAUCAUUGAAAAGCUAGUAAAAAUUUUGAUUUUUGACUAAAUAGCCGCUUCCCAAAAAAAUUCUUUUUAUUAAAAAUAUUUAUAAUUCAGAGUGGCUUAAAAAAUCGAAAUUGUAUCGCAAAAUCCUAUUUUUUCGAUUAUUACCUGACAAAUGAAUCUUGGAAGAUCGAGAGAAAAUGUCAAGUCGAGUUGAUCGAUCGAGCCGGUUAGGCGAAAUUGUGCUCACCGACUCUGAAAACAGCAUUUUGAGAAAACCCCGUUUCAAGUGUAGAUUGUAAAAUGCUUACAAAUACGCUCAUAUGUCCAAAAAUAUUUGUCAUAUAUACUUCAAAUUUUUGGAGAAUACUUGUACUAUAUAUUCCAAUAUAUGAACAUUCGAGGUAUCUUCAAACUAAAAACAACAUUUUUUGAAAUUCACAAUGGAUAUAUGGAACUGUUUUUACUAAUCAAUGAAUAAAUUAAAUGAGUAAUGACAACUGAAAGUUACCUCUCUUUCGAAACAAUUAAGGCAAUGUUAUCAAAAUUGUUAAGAAUUGUAUGACAUUGAAUUUAAGUUGAAUUUUUUACACUUUUCAAAGCAAGCUGUCGAAGUUCCAUUUUGAAGUAAAAUACAAUUUUAUUCAUAGACUACAAACUAGGAUAAAGGUCCUUCACUGCUGCAGGCAUUCUCGGUGAAUCGGUUUUUGAUCACAAAACUGGCAAUUGCAUGUAUAACUAAAUACAGCACAGAAAUUUGAUAUUGCUCAGAUCAUUUGUCUUUAAGUAAUCAAACAAAUUUUUAAAUGCAGUUUCGACAAACACACGUUUAAAGGUAAACUGGUGGAGCUCAUUGAACUCAGUGGCUACACUUUAGAAGUCUGUAACUCAAAAACUGAAAAUGUGAAUAGUGUUUAUGUCUACUAUGAGUUCUUACGGACAAACACUCAAUCCGUACUUGUACUGUCAACAAUGGGACCGUCUAAAAGAAGCAAUAUCCAAUAAGAGUUCAGCUUUGGCUAAUAGAACAGGGAUUUUGUUUCAUCACAACAACGCCUUUCCACACACAACGAUAUUGACUAGACAAAAGCUCCGAUAACUAGGUUGGGAAAUUCUUAUGCAUCCAUCUUUCAGUACGGGCCUAGGACCAAGUUAUUACAACCAAUUUCUGUCUAUGGUGAAUUAUUUUGGUGAUGAAAAAUUCGACUCACUAGAAGCUUAUGAAAAUCGACUGUCCCUGUAUUUUGCCAAUAGGUUCGAGUGUUUUUACGGGAGUGGCACUAUGAUUUGUGUUUCAAAAUUUUAAGUUAUGGAACGAAAUGGAAUAUAUUUCAACCAAAUCGAAUCAUUCUAACUAUGCUUAAUCGAAAAAUUCACAUUACCACUGAGGGUUCGUCAAUUUAGGCUUUUUGUCGUACCUUCGGCAUAUUUAACAGGUUCUUUACUGUGUUACGAUAUUUUGAAUAAAAAAAAAAAACAAAGCCAAAAAUUAUUUUUGUUUUAAAAGUUGAUUGACUACAAAACCUUCAUAGUGAUACUUACGAAACGGAUCUUAAUGCUUAUCAUGUAAAGGUAACAUUAAAAUGUCGAAAAAUUAGGCAUCACCAAAGUGAUUUAAAAAAUUUAACCUUAAAAUAUUUCAACCUUUUCUGACCUUUCUAUAUAUACGACUUUAAAAGGCGAAGAAAGUGAAAUAGGGUAGCCAAGUAUUUCAAUUGCUAAAAGGUAUGCGGAAACCUAUUUAGACCGGAGGCAGUACGGUGAAAACUUUCUCCAUAUGAGAUGGUUCGAUCUAAUGUGUAUCAUAGCGAUAACCAUUCGCCACUGUUGCCAAUUUUCUUGGUACUUAAUAUUGCUUAAUAUUAUUAAAGGCUGGUAUAAUAAUUGAAUACAAUUAGUUUUCGUUUUAAUAAUAGUUAUAUUUUUAGUUCAGUUAGCUUGAUACAGGAUUAAUAUUUUAUAAAAAAUUUUCCUCAUACGAUUACAAUAGAGUCUUGAUCAACUUUUAUCUUUUUUAGCGUUUUUUUUUUUAUUUUUCAUUUAUAUAAUAUGUAUAUGUAUCUUUUCGCUUACUUUUUCCACAUUGGCGAAGCUCUCUACAUUCAGUCCAAACCUAUUCCCAUCGAUUCAUUAUCGCUUGAUUUAGAAACCUAAAACAUAUAGGCGUACAGACACGCUAAAAAUCUUGAGCUUUCCAUGCAUUUUAUCUACUACAGUCAAACGCGCUCUAAACUUAGACUAAUUUGUGCUCUUUCAGGUCACAAAAUUCAACUAGAAUAACAAAUAUACAUAUAUACACAUUUACACACAGAAAUUUUUAAUUGAAAUUUAAGUAAGCUUCUCCACAAUUUAAGCAUGAAACGAACACGAUCCCCACUUAUUUGCGUUUGUAAUGAAAAUCCCUCCACCAGAUAAAUGAUAAAAAAAACUCAACUGACAACUGUGUACUUUAAUAGUUAUAAUACUUUUUUAAAGCAACAAAUUUUGCAAUCAAAUUUUUCAAGAACAAUGAACAAAAAAUCAAGGUUGUUUACGACGAGACCCACACUUUUCAUAAAAGGUACAUAAAUACUCGUAUAAGUACAUAUAUGUAUGUAAUACUUUCCUAAAAAAAACUUAAGUAAUUACUUUUGCAUUGUAAAAUAUUUAUAACUAUUUAUCUGUAAGUCUAUAUAUAUACAACAUUUAGUAUAUGUAUGAUUGUAGACCCCGGAACUCAUUUGCGUAUACCGAAGUGGAGAAAAAAGUAAAAUUAACAACUAUAACAAAUAUGUUGCAAUAAUGCUUAGUACUAAUUGGGUAUGCUAAUUACACUAAAUACAAACUUUUACAAAAAAUCGUGAAAUUUUUUUGUGCAAACAAAUUUGUAGCAUGCAUAUUUCUUGCGCACAAGUGUAUGUAUAGUUAGUUAGCUGCGCGUACACUGCAUAACACUACCCCAUGGUAUACACUUACACUCAUAUAUACUACUAAUGUCUUUCAAUACGAAGAAGUCUUAGCAAAUUUUUAUAAAAAUAUUUAUUAUACGCGUGUUUGUAUGUAUGUGUUGUAUUCUUUUCUUUUUGAUAGUAACAAAAGAAGUAUGUGAAGCAAACUUUUAAUUAGCAAUACACUUUUCUAUGAAACUGUCUACAUGUUAAGCAUAAAAUCUUAGAGCUAACUCUUACUGAAAUCUUAACUUACUAAGUAUUAGCAAACUACUUAAAAAAUACUAUUUAACAAUAAGUUAGAGCUAAAGCGCGUCCUUUUCCAAAAAUUAAAAA